AAAUGAGGCUCAUUUGAUUUGUCAAUCAAGGCCACGGGAGCUCCUGAUAAACUUCAAAAUGAUGAAUUUCUUUGCAAAUGUGUCUAUCAUUCUUGCUUUGUGCAUUAUUAGUGCCUCAACAGUGUUUGCCCAGUUUGAGGAGACUGAUGAUGAUGCCUCACUAGACAGUUGGUUUCAAGAUGUGGACACUGUAGCUGAUAUUUCUGCACUAAUACCAGAAACAGGCAACGCUGCAUUUCUUGGUCAAGUCGUAAAAGCAGGAUUCGAAAAAGCUCUGAGUGAUGCAAAGGGCAAUUGUUUCACAUGCAAGAUUCCAUCAAUCAAGUAUUAUGAUACUGAGUCAAAUCCUCAAAAAGCUCUAGAUCAUUUCAAGGCAUUGUAUGCUAAGGGAGCAAGGAUUUUUACUGGAUUGGUUACUAGCGAUGAGGCUCUUAUGGUUGCAGAAUAUGCAUCAAAGGAAGCAAGUGAUGCCGUUCUAUUUAGUCCCACCAGCACUGCAUCAAGACUAUGCAAAUACAAGAAACAACUGUAUCGACUGUCUAUGGAUAAUCGUGGGUACGUUGAAGUUCUAUUUGACAUGGCAGUGGACAUGAAAAACACCAAGAAGUUAAAAUCUACUCACAUACAACUGAUAUUGGAUGGUGAUCCUGAUGGUACUGGCCUCGUUGGUGACGUAUCGAAAAGAUUUUCCAAAGAAGAUGGGAAUGGAUUUAUAGUUCAUGAUGCUGUUUCAUAUGAAGGAAAAAGUCAUUCCGGUCUCAGAGAAAUGGUGCACAACCUUAACAAAAGUAUAUCAGGUAGUAAGUCUACUAUCAUUGUUCUUCAUGGGCUGUCAAAAAUAGAAUACAUACUUCGUAUUGUUGAGAAGUAUCCUGGCCUAACAAAGCAUCCAUGGAUAGUGUCAGAUGCCUUUGUCUUUUCAAAUAUCAGAAUACCAGCUGAGAUGGAAGUUUAUGGACUUACUUUUUUUGGAACAAGAAUCGAAAAUCAAAGUCCCAUACGAAAAUUAAAUAGCUAUCUUGCAAAGAAAGGUCUACCUCCCAUGAUCCAGGCACGUCUAGCUUAUGAUACGAUCUUAGCCAUAAGAGAAUAUAAAGCAAAGGGAAGCUUAAGUAGCUCUCAGUUUUUGAAUGGUAUGUCUGGCUCUCUAUCUUUAAGUCAAUGUGGUGAGAGGGUAUCAGGAUCGUAUGUUUUUGCUGCUAAACCAAAACAGAGUGCAACUCACAAUGCAUUGUAUGAAGUUCCACUGGUCAAUGGCUGGUUUGCAUUAUAUGAAUAUCAUGUUCUAACAAACGAACGCCUGAAUACUCACUUGCAAGAGCUUGAGGGCCUGAGUGUUGAGGCAAUGAUGGAAGUGAACCUUCAAAGUACAUCAAAAGGAGGUGUAACAUCAGUUAGUCCAGCAGUAACCGAAAUAAAGAAAGUGGACUUCUUAAAGUAUGUAAUAUCCAUUGAUGAGCAAGAGAGUUCUGAAGGAAUGGAUAAAGGCAAAAUGAAGUGUAGUGAUAAUGCUCACAUUAAUAUUAAGUAUGGGAAAGAAUUUCAUAAUUACACUGUUGCUAAAAUGCCAGAAUCAGUUAUCAUUCCAUUGGAGAAUGGUUUUAUACUAGAAGCAACGUGUAGAACAUCAAAAAAUGAAUACAGCGUGACUCGCAUUUGCCCUGCUGCACAAACUGGAGGGACCGAACUUGUCUGUCGAGAAAAAGACUCGGCUGUGUCUAUAGAUCUAGUAGAGAAAGAAGGAAGAGGCUGUACUGGUACACGCAUUGCUACUGGUGCCUGCAUUGUUGGCACUGCUGGUUGCUUUGUUGGUGCAAUAUUUACUGCUUUUGUAGCAGCACCAGUAUGUGGAUUAGCUGGGACAACUUGUGCUGCUUUGGGAUUUUCGUCAACAAUAGUCUGUGAGGAGGAGAAAAAGAAUGGAAAAUAUGUAUGCACAGAGUUGUUUCGUCAAGGGUACCUCUCUCCUGAAAUAAUGCUAGCAGACAUGAGCUUUGCUAAACACUAUAGCAAAGAUUAUCCAGUCACACGUACAGGAUACAAUAUAAUUGGACCUACCCUUGCAACAAUAAUGAGCACUUCUAAGGGGAUGACUGAUGCUGUGAGAUCUUUCGCUGUACCAUGGGCUGAACAAAUGGCUUAUGAGGAAGGAUACAGUGAGACUGGUAACCAGCGUGGAGUAUGGGUAAUGACUAUUGGAGCUGUCAUAUGUGCCACUGUUGGAGGAAUAUACACUUAUUUCACCUAUAUACUUGCUUUAGGUAUGACUGCUGUGAUUGCUGUUGUGCUCGCUAGUAUGGGUAGAAAAGUGCGACUGAAGGCAUUUAAAGACACUGCUGCCACAAAGAAACAUAACUGAACAAGUUGCAUUGAAACUAAUUAUUGUGUGCUUUUUUCUUUAAUAGUAAUUUUGCUGCUAAA